CCCUGAGAUUAGCGUAAAAGCCUCGGGUUUCGCAUUGAAAUUUCGUCUACUAGUGUAGCGUCCGCCACCCGUAACGCGAUUGGUCACCUUCAGAAGAAGAAGAAGAAGCUCAGACCUCGAAGCUAUCACCUUCUUCAAUUUCCAGAGGAGAUGGAGGCCGCCGUGGUCAAGCAAGAGCCUCUCAAUGACGUGCCGCACUCUUCUACCCCGAGGCCCAGGGCCGCCAUUUCGGCGGUGCCGCCGCCGGAAUCGGUAAUCGCGCUCGACACCAGCAGCAGCGACUCCGACUCCGACUCGGAUGAGGAGGAGGACGACGCGGUUUCGGGACGCGUGCUGAAGAAGAGGAGGCUGAGCGAGAUGGGAGUGAUUAUGCCGGUUUUGGAUCCUCUAAGGGACUCGCCGGACUUGCCGCGGAUGCUGACGGCGCCGUCGUCUUCGGGAAAAGGGGUGGUGGUUGUGAAUUACUGUAAGCAGUUUUGGAAGGCUGGCGAGUUUGAGGCGGUGCCUUGUGGCGGCGAUACUGAUUCUGCUGCUGUUGGGAUGGACCAUGUGAGGAUUCAUCCGAAGUUUCUGCAUUCAAAUGCAACCAGCCAUAAGUGGGCGCUUGGAGCUUUCGCGGAGCUAUUGGACAAUGCACUAGAUGAGGCUUGCACUGGUGCUACAUAUGUUAAUGUAGAUGUGCUUGAAAAUCAAAAGGACGGGAGUAGGAUGUUACUCAUUGAAGAUAAUGGUGGUGGGAUGACUCCAGAUAAGAUACGAGAUUGCAUGUCAUUGGGGUUUUCUACGAAGAGCAAAAUCGCAAACACAAUUGGACAAUAUGGAAAUGGAUUUAAAACAAGUACCAUGAGACUUGGGGCAGAUGUGAUUGUGUUCUCUCGUUGUUGUGGAAAAGACGGAAAAAGUACUACGCAGAGUAUUGGAUUGCUGUCCUACACAUUUUUGAGGAGCACAGGGAAGGAAGAUACUGUAGUACCCAUGCUUGAUUAUGAAAGACAAGGAACAGAGUGGUACAGGACCAAACGAUCCUCUCUUAGUGAUUGGAACAAGAUUUUGGAAACAAUACUUCAGUGGUCACCAUUUUCGAGAGAAGAAGACUUGGGUCACCAGUUUUAUAUGAUGAAAAACCAAGGCACUCGAGUAAUCAUAUACAAUCUUUGGGAGGAUGACGAAGGACAGUUGGAGCUUGAUUUUGAUGCUGAUCGAUAUGAUAUUCAAAUUAGAGGUGUCAAUCGCGAUGAGAAGAAUAUCCAAAUGGCGAAGCAGUUUCCUAAUUCUCGGCAUUUUUUGACAUACCGCCACUCGUUGAGGAGUUAUACUGCAAUUUUGUAUUUGCGGUUACCCAGCGACUUCCGAAUUAUUCUGCGAGGGAAGGAUGUUGAUCACCACAACAUAGUGAAUGAUAUGAUGAUGUCCCAAAAAGUCACAUAUCGGCCGCAACCUAAUGCUGCUGAUGGGAUCCCCAAGGAUGCAAAUAUGGCUGCUACUGUGACUAUUGGGUUUGUGAAGGAUGCAAAACAUCAUAUUGAUGUUCAAGGCUUCAACGUGUAUCACAAAAAUCGACUGAUUAAGCCAUUUUGGAGGCUUUGGAAUGCUGCAGGUAGUGAUGGCCGAGGUGUAAUAGGUCUGUUAGAAGCCAAUUUUGUUGAACCAGCUCAUGACAAGCAAGGGUUUGAGCGCACAACAAUUCUUUCACGACUCGAGGCAAAACUAGUGCAAAUGCAGAAGACAUACUGGUCUACAAAUUGUCAUAAAAUUGGAUAUGCUGCACGACGUAACAAGAAGGUCAAUUCUGAAGAUAAAGAGACUUCCUCUGAGUUUCUUUCUGAAUGGGACGGAACCACAUCAGGUGGCAAGAGACCAUAUUCAGUUUCAGACGCAUUCCGUUCAAAAGCAGCUGACAAUGCACAUGGGAAUAUACAUGUAUCUGGUAAAGUUAAAGCUAAAAGUACAAUGCAAACCCACUCAAAGCCGAUCCGAACAAGAUCUUUGGAAGAAUCAAGCUCUUCUGAAGCUACACUACCUUCAGUGCCCAAUGCUAGGGGUGUCCAUGUGCAUAAACAAGUGAACAGCGGUAGGGAAUCUAGGGACAAGGACAUACAUGUCGCUGUAUGUGAUAAGCAAGUGAAUGGCAGCAUUCAUAAGUCAUUUACUGCUAUGCAUAAUUCUGGAAAAGAUGGUCCACCUUUUACUGAAUUAUCUUCAGAUAUGGAAGAUACUGAAAGUCAACAAGAGGGUACACCAUGUAGAGGAACCAGUCUAUCAGCCACAAAAUCCAAGUCCAAGGGACAUGAUUUUAAUUUGGAGGAUUUGAGCAUUGUGCAGCGACUGAGAAAGGAGAAUCUUGAACUGAAAGAGAAAUUGAAAAAACAGAAUGAAGGGGCUGCAGCCGGAUUGUUGAAGGACUUGCUGCUGGAAAGGGAGAAGAGCAUGGCACUUGAAACUAAGCUGAAAGAAGCAGAAAAACAGAUCGAGUUCUUGACCCAGGAACAAGAUGGUCUAAUCGAUAUAUUUACAGAAGAGAGGCAGCGACGAGAUGAUGUAGAGAACAAGUUGAGAAAGAAGCUGCAGGAUGCAUCUAAUACUAUUGAAGAGUUGGUUGAUAAGAUAAGGGAUCUGGAAAGGAAGAAGCCUCCUAAGACAGAUAGGUAGCAUCAUCGGCAUAUCGUGAAGUUUUUCUAGGAUAGCCGAGUGAGUCGGCCGCAACUUCAUCUUCAUCCAUGGUUGUUUCCGGUUUAACUUUUGACUCAGGGAAAGUGUAAUGCGACCCAGAAGGUAGUGUAAUGUAGUUAUGUAGAUCAUAAGAACAGACAGUUGGUGAACUACAGGACAAGGAAAAUGAACGGAGUCUAAGUAGAUACAUAUACUGUAUGUAUAUUAGUUGAUGUUUGGGUCGAUUUUGUGGCCCUGCGAGUCGACGUACAUCUUAUAAUGGAUUGGGUCAAAACUCAAAACCAUGGACCAAGA